AUGAGCGUCGCACGUCCGGCGCGCAACCUCCUCGGCAGGUGCAUCGCCUCAUCUCGAACCGCUUCAGUUACCGUCCCUCUCGUACCAUGUAGUCAAUUCCACAGCACACCACCCAGGUCGAAGCGAAAGUCUCGGUUUCGAAAUGUCACGGCUCAGGAGCUAGGUCUGAUCAAGGAGUCGGGUGAAUUUACGGCGGGCAUGGACAAGUACAGGCAGGACAAGUUUGCCGACCUGUCCAAGCAGGAUCUCGAGAACCUCAAGGCCUCUUACACACCAGAGCAACUUGCGGCUGUUGAGCUGGGCGAGAAAGCCGUCAGCCCGGAAGACAUGAUCAUUCAGGGCCGGCUACGUGACGAUCCCUACAAGCCAACGUACAUCGAGGAUUAUACUGUGCUGGACCCCCGCUACGAUAUCAAGCCGGAGAUCGAAGGCACCCCGAGAGAGGUGCAAUGGCCUGACAAGAGCGAAUGGAUCGACAAUUACGGCCAAAAAAUGAUGAAGAUCACGGACAAGAAGACGAGCGACCAACUUACCCGAGCCAUGGUCAGAGCAUUGCGACGUGUGAAGGAGAGCCAGGGAGAGGACUUGAUAGAUCUCACUGAGGAUGAGCUCAAGGACAUUGAAAAGGACCCUGAGCUGAUCAAACGCUACAUCAUCGCCGAGGACGGCCCCGAGCCCACUGCAAACGAUAAGGGUCCCGAGUUCAUGACUCGUUCCCAGGCUGAGAAGUUGGAUGAGGCUGUUGACGAGGCAUGGGAGGCCGAGCUCGACAAAAUUGUUGGUUUUAGCAGUCAGGGUGAGGUCGAGCCCUCGAACCUUGAGCUCAUUCAGGAUGGCCCCGCGGGUGUUGAUCGGACCUACUCGGCUGAGGCACCUGAUCUCGGCAAGGUCCCUGGUGUCAAAGGCUUGUACAAGCACGCCGUUGACCCCGAGGAUCAGGGCCAGGAUGACUCGGGCAAGUACCAGGAGAUCAAGCGCCUGACAGGCAUGAGUCUCAAGGACAUUCGCUCGCUGCUGACCAAAGGUCUUGUGACUCGUUGGGUCUCCAAUCAAACUCGUUUGGGCAAGGUCCGCAGUACCUCUGUGGUUGCCAUCGCUGGUAACGGCAAUGGCCGUCUAGGACUUGGAAUGGCAAAGUCUACUGAGGCCGGUGUGGCUGAGGAGACAGCUCAGAUGUUGGCCAUCCGCAACAUGAAACCCGUCCGACGAUAUGAGAACCGUACUAUCUAUGGUAAUGUGUCUGCUAAGAUUUCAGGCACUGUAGUCGAGCUGAUGGCCCGUCCUCCCGGCUUUGGACUUCGCUGCCCUCACCGUAUUUUCGAGAUGUGCCGCGCCGCCGGUAUCCAUGACAUCGCUGCUCGCAUGCCCCGAUCCAAGAACCCCAUGAACUCUGUCAAGGCGGCGUACCAAGCGUUGACCAACCAGCCCGACCCCGAGCAGAUAGCCAUCGGCCGGGGCAAGAAGCUGGUGGACGUGCGCAAGGUCUACUAUGGAGGAGCUGUAUAUUAA